UCCCCACUCUCUUGCCAACUUUGUAGAACCCCCUCCACAUGUGUGACAUGCAAUUUCAGCAACUAGAACACUGAGCCUUCAGAGCUUCAAACACCGUGCUUACCGCCGCAAGCUACAAUGGCUACAGCCGUAGAGCGUUACGGAGCGGAUGGGACCGGUAUCAUCUCUGUCACUGCCGUCGCCAACAAGCAUCGCGCCGGAUCUGCGCCGCGGCCGGCAGUGCCAGCAGCCGUGAACGGAGACGGUCACACGUGGCUCAAGUACGGCGAGAAGAACAUCGCGAACCACGUCAUCAGGUCCUACUACAGGUGCGCUUGGUCCAAGAGCUCAGACGCCUGCCCCGCAAGAAAAACCGUCGACUUUGAUCCAACGCACCCUACUAGUACCGCCAACAGCGACUCAGUCGGCCGCGAGCCCAUCGCGGUGACCACGUUGUACCGCCACGCCCACAACCACCAGACUCGCGGGCCGCCCCCCCGCGGCCACAAGCGACAGGCGCGACCCGAGAAGGCGGGGGUGGCGGUGAGCAGCAGCAAGAGAGUUGAGGCCACCCUGGAGCCAGCUCCGAGCUCGAGAGCCUGGAGGCUUGCAAAAACUCUUGCGAAGGCGCUUGGCACAACCGAGGGGGGAGAUGCUCCGUCGCUCGCCCCACCGUACGCCCCUCGGUGUGUGUGCGUUUGGGAUACCCACAAUCUGCUCCCCGGCAAAUGCAGAGAAAAUGAGCAGCGACCGCCCGCACAAAUUCCGUGUCACGUGGCACACCGCGCCGGUGUGACAGCGGCAAACGGCGAGCAGGCGACCGACCUCCAGGAGUGGCAAAGUACGACGAUGAGAUGCGCGGAUGCGACCGAGCUGUGCUCCGCUCUGCUGUGGACUCCCAAGAGUGGGAGAUGUGGCGCUGCGCAGGAUGCCAUGGCGAGUGCUGUGUGGGACGAUUCUAUGGCUGCUGCUGUGCCGCACUGCGUGAUUGCGGAGGGUUGUUCCGAUGCGCAGGACGCGCAGGGUGCCAUGAUGGCCGGUGCUGUGCGGCUGGUGGAGUGCAGCAGCGCUGUUGACGACAGCGCCGUGGCGACAAGUGGCGUGGCAUGGCUCCCCGAUCCCCUUGCAGCGCUUCCCGUCCCCCCUGCAGGGCUGGAUGACGUCACCUUCCUGUCAUGGGAAGAAAUGGACUUGUGCCCGUGGGGUCGGCCGCAUCAUGAGGACCGCCAGGGACGUCAGGAUAGUGAGGAGGACCCUCAUGCGGCCUUGGAUGUGCCGCCCAUGGGGUCGUGUCUCAACAGCAGCGGCGUUGAGUCGUCGGUGAGAGGAGCUUAUGAGAUCAUGGGGGGGGGCGUUGCUGAGCCGCCUCCUGGUGCACCGAUGGGAGGCGUGAUGCUGGUGGGUGGAGCGAGAGAGUGGGCAGGGGAGGUGGUGGAGGGGGAGAGGUUUCCAUGGGAGGGAGUGAUGGCAUCACCUGGUGGGCUGUGUGGCACGGGCAGGGCGAAGGGGGGAGAGCAGGCUGGGGUGGACGAGCUGCAAGCAGGCAUGCUGCAGCAGGAGCAGCAGCAGGAGCAGCAGCAAAACCAGCAUGUGCAUCACCCUGUGUUUGAUGUGCUCGGGGGAGGGAACAGCAUGAGUGUUUGGGACUUCAUACACUAGAGCGAGAGAGCUGCGUCGCUCCUGCUCAUGUAGGUUUAAUAAUAAUACACAAAUGUACUA